AUGCUACGAUUUGGGUCUCUUUUUUGUUGUUUACAAUGUUUGUAUCUGAUUGGACAAGUUUGUGGACACGGUUAUCUCGCUGACCCACCAGCGCGUAGUUCGGCAUGGCUAUUCGAUAAGACGUUCGAUCAGUGCUGUCGAUACUAUAACCAUGCACAGAUGUUCUGUGGAGGAGCGUAUCGUCAGUGGACUGUGAAUGGUGGUAAAUGUUCUAUCUGUGGAGAAGCAUAUGAUCUCAAAGACAAACUAUUCGAUCUGGGUGGUAAAAUGUAUUUGGGCAAAAUUGUACGGACAUAUACUCAAGGUGCUACAAUACCGGUGACAGUUAUCUUAACAGCAAAUCAUUUAGGCGUGUUUGAAUUUCGUGUCUGUAAUAUCGACAAUGAUCCAAAUCAGGAUGCUACACAAGCAUGUUUGAAUUUAAACCUUUUGAAUGUCACCAUUGAGACGUCACCAACAGGUGUCGAUCGCGAAUCAACGCAGUAUCCAGUUAGUCGAUUGGCAGCGACUGUACAUUUGAAUGUUACACUUCCCCCAAAUCUCGUGUGCAAACAUUGUGUCUUUCAAUGGAAAUAUCGAACAGGUAACAGUUGGGGCUCGUCGAAUGGCAAAGCAUGUCUUGGUUGUGGACGAGAAAACGAAGAGUUCUACGGUUGCUCGGAUAUAGCCAUUAGAAGUGCGAACGAAUCUGCUCAAAUCGAAAGAGCAGAAGCAGCUACCAAAUCAUCUAAUAUGACAGUACCAACUUCAGCACCAAUCGCGCAAACAACGGCAGUAUCCGAAGUAUCUCUGCGAAAAUGUCGCUCAGCAGCAACAUUCAGCGAAACAUUUGAUUUAAGCUCGAUCAUGAAUAGAUAUUGUGAAACAGUUUGUUCCGAAAAUUGUUCUUCGGACAAAAUACUUGGCAAUUCAGUGCUUUACGAAGCGUGCGUAGCCACAUGCGCUCCGACAUCAGACGUCAACAAACGAUUGAAUAAAACUGAAGUUUCUUCCUCCGAUAAGACCAUUCUAUUGUUUGAAGCGGAAACUUACAAACAACGUUUGCCAUUGCCGGCUACUUGUUUAAUUUCUCGUAUCGGAAGACGUCAAUAUCUAUCCUAUUAUUAUUAA